GCGGAGGCGCGCCCGGGAGCGCAGCGGGGCCGGUGCCGCUGGUCCCGUCUGUCCCGGCGGCGGAGCGGGCGCGGGCUGGUGACAGCGGGGUCCCCGUCCCCAUGGCCRCGUAGCGAUGGCGGCGCAGAGGAUCCGGGCGGCCAACUCGGGGGGGCUCCCGCGCUGCCGCUCCGAGGGGACGCUCAUCGACCUGGCCGAGGGCUCGUCCCAAACCGCGCUGGGCGACGUCAAAGUGCCUUCUCCCAGUGCCUUGCUGGUGGACAGCCCCACGUCCUUCGGCAACGCCAAGGAAGUGGUGGCCAUCAAGGAUUACUGCCCCACCAACUUCACCACCCUCAAGUUCUCCAAGGGUGACCACCUGUACGUGCUGGACACRUCCGGGGGCGAGUGGUGGUACGCCCACAACACCACGGAGAUGGGCUACAUCCCGUCCUCCUACGUGCAGCCCGUGGGCUGCCGCGGCUCCUCGCUCAGCGACAGCGGCGUCAUCGACAGCCUGCUGGAGAGCCCCGAUGAGGGCGUCAAGGAGCUGGACCUGCUCGGGGAGUGGGCAGAGGGGAAGAGGAACUCGGCCAGGUCCUACCACAACAACCCCUUCCUGAACGGAGUGCAGACCAACCCGUUCCUGAACGGGAAUUUGCAGGCGGCGCCCGGCUCGGAUAAGGAGUCCGACUCCAGCGCCGCUGUGGAUUUGCUGCUGUUCGACACCGGRGCGCCGGCGCUGCCCGGCUCGGCCRCCAACAGCAGCCUGGGGAACCUUUUUGAGGAGUUUCCCUCCUCGGUGGGUAGGCUGGAUGGGGAGCAGCCCGUCAGGAGGGACAACCCCUUCUUCCGAAGCAAGCGCUCCUACAGCUUGUCGGAGCUGUCCGUCCUCCAGGCCAAGUCGGACGCACCGGCCGCGUCGGGUUUCUUCGGCGGCCUCAAGUCRCCCACCCCCGAGCAGUUCCAGAGCCGGGAGGAUUUUAGGACAGCGUGGCUGAACCACAGGAAACUGGCCCGGUCGUGCCACGACUUGGAUUUGCUGGGCCAAAACCCCGGCUGGGGUCAGACGCAGCCGGUGGAGACCAACAUCGUGUGCAAGCUGGACAGCUCCGGCGGCGCCGUGCAGCUGCCGGACACCAACAUCAGCAUCCACGUGCCCGAGGGCCACGUGUGCCCGGGUGAGACGCAGCAGAUAUCCAUGAAGGCCAUGCUGGACCCACCGCUGGAGCUCAACAGUGACAAGUGCAGCACCGUCAGCCCCGUGCUGCAGAUCAAGCUCAGCAACAUGGAGGUGAGGACAGUCAUCGUGCUGGAGAUGAAGGURUCGGCUGAGGUCAAGGACGACGCCGCCAGCAGGAGCCUGGUGGGKCUGCAGUGCCUGCGCAGCGACGUCAAGGAGGGGCCCUACACGGCCGUGCAGCCCAGCUACUCGUACGGGGACACSAUCCAGGUGCAGCUGGAGAACCUGGAGCCCUGCAUGUACGUGGCGGCCGUGGCGCAGGCCCGCGACGUCCUCUACCCCUACACCGUGUGGGACUACAUCAGCAAGAGGGUGACGGUGGGCGUCUACGGCCCCAAGCACAUCCACCCGUCCUUCAAGACCGUGGUGGCCGUGUUYGGCCACGAGUGCGCGCCCAAGACGCUGCUGGUCAACGAGGUGGCCCGGCAGUCGCACGGCCCGGCCCCCGUGGCCCUGCAGCUCUGGGGCAAGCACCAGUUCACCCUGGCCCGGCCCCAGGACCUGAAGCUGUGCAUGUUCUCCAACAUGAGCAACUACGAGGUGAAGGCCGGCGAGCAGGCCAAGGUGGUGCGGGGCUUCCAGAUGAAGCUGGGCAAGGUGAGCCGCCUCAUCUUCCCCAUCGCCUCGCACGACCCCAACGAGCUGUCGGACUUCACGCUGAGGAUCCAAGUGAAGGACGAGCGCGACGCCAUCCUGACCCAGUUCUGCGUGCAGACGCCRCAGCCGCCGCCCAAGAGCGCCGUCAAGCCCACGGGGCAGAGGCGCUUCCUCAAGAAGAACGAGGUGGGCAAGAUCAUCCUGUCRCCCCUGGCCGCCGCCGCCAAGUACCCGGUUUUUCAGGAGCGGCCGGUGUCGGGCCUCAAGUACGGCAAGCUGCUGAAGACGGUGGUGAGGCAGAGCAAGAACCACUACCUGCUGGAGUACAAGAAGGGGGACGUGGUGGCCCUGCUGAGCGAGGAGAAGAUCCGGCUGAAGGGCCAGCUGUGGACCAAGGAGUGGUACAUCGGCUACUACCAGGGCAAGGUGGGCYUGGUGCACGCCAAGAACGUGCUGGUGGUGGGCAAGGCCAGGCCCAGCUACUUCUCCGGGCCGGAGCUCAGCACUGGGCUGCUGCUGGAGCAGAUCCUGCGGCCCUGCAAGUUCCUGACMUACAUCUACGCCUCGGUGAGGACUCUGCUGAUGGAGAACCUCAGCAGCUGGCGCUGCUUCGCCGAUGCCCUGGGCUACCUGAACGUGCCGCUGGCCUUCUUCUGCCGGGCCGAGCUGGACAGCGAGCCCGAGCGGGUGGCCUCCGUGCUGGAGAAGCUGAAGGAAGACUGCAACAGUGCCGAGAACAAGGAGAGGAAAUCCUUCCAGAAGGAGCUGAUGACGGCCCUKCUGAAGAUGGACUGCCAGGGGCUGGUGGUCAGGCUGAUCCAGGACUUUGUGCUGCUGACCACGGCGGUGGAGGUGGCCCAGCGCUGGCGGGAGCUGGCCGACAAGCUGGCCAAGGUGUCGCGGCAGCAGCUGGAUGCCUACGAGGCGCCGCACCGCGACCGCACCGGCACGGUGGACAGCGAGGCCAUGUGGAARCCAGCCUACGACUUCCUGCUCACCUGGAGCAGCCAGAUGGGCGACAGCUACCGCGAUGUGAUCCAGGAGCUGCACACGGGGCUGGACAGGAUGAAGAACCCCAUCACCAAGCGCUGGAAGCACCUGACGGGAACCCUGAUCCUCGUCAACUCUCUGGAGCUGCUGCGGGCGGCUGCCUUCAGCCCCCAGGACCAYGAGGAUUUUGCCAUCUAGCCCUUGCUUCUCCUCCACUGGGAUUUUUUUGCCCUUUUUUUUUGCCCUCCUCCAAACCCCA